AUGCCAUCAUCUUUACCUACCAUCAUAAGCCACGAAUCGAUCAGAAAGCCUUCAGUCGAAGAUGGGUUUGAAAGGCCUCUAGAAAUCACGACUAACGCUGCGUCGGUACGACCAAGAAGAGGGAGUGCGAGUGGAAGCAUGACUCCAACCGAAACGCCGAGACGACCAAAACGAAGAGGCAGUGCGAGUGGGAGCAUGAACACUGUUUCAUAUGCACCUGAAAUAACCAGUAGUGGUAUGUCGUCAAGACGACCAAGAAGGGGCAGUGCGAGUGGAAGCACGAACCCAAUUUCAUCUGCAACUGGAUCCAAGACAGGAUACAAACGUGAGAUAGCAGCACUGGAGUUUCUCCUGGGAAUACCCAUGAAAGCAGAACGGGAUAUUGUUCACCAAGGGUGGUUACAGCAAAAUGGAAUGGUAGAUAUGAAACGAAAUAAUAAAAAGGCAGACGAUGCUGCUGCUACUCCAGUGGCACGAUCGGGAAGUGGUGACAUUCGGUCCGGCAAUGGUGACAUGCCUCCACUAGUUGGGCACCAUGGUAGAUGGUGGGAAAAAUGGGUCGGCAAUCCAUCCAAACAGAUGGAUCCAUCUCGAUCAAGCAGGAUCGAAGAAGAAGAGCUAGAGCAACCGAAUCAAUUCGACGAAAGUCUUCGAUCCGCAACCUUCCGGAACAGGCAUCAAGUUGUUUCGAUGGUCCAUGCACCUGGUCGCCGACUUGAGGGCGAUGAUGCUAUUCGAAUUGAAAUGCCUAAAGAAAUCAAGAAAAGUUCUGGGCAGAGACACAUUGCUCGAAUAGCAGCCAAACGAGAAUGGGAGUUGGAAAUUGCUCACGGAAUUGACAACGCAGCCUUACGAUCGAGUGCGAGCAAUGCGUCAGAUGCCAGGAAAGAUCAUCCACCAUUGCUCGAUGGCCGCAUAUUCUUUUCUGCAGCAGGGUCUUACCCCUGUGAAGUGUUUAGUAUCAUUCGGUAUGAACCCAAAAAAGAAGAAGCGGCACGCCGCCGCAAAAAGCUCGAAGCUCGAGGUGGUGGUGGUAGCGAGUUUAUUGUCCCGGCACGAGAUUGGCGUGGCAUCUCGUAUAGAGCACUGUUGCCUGCGCGAAAACAGGGAAAGCAUAGAUCGAGGAGUAAUGACAAUUCCCUCAUGCUGUUCGAUCGAUUCCAAAACCAUCAUGAUCCAUUAGAAAACAAGAGAAGUACGAACGAAACAGCUUCGACUGGGUCCGAAACACUUGAGGAAUCCGACGACACGGAUGACGAGCCAGAUACAUAUGUUCCAGGUUUGUUGGAUGAUCCGGAAAUGGUUCUAGGACGCCACCGGAAUGUCAUGAUUGGAGACAGGAGCACUGGUUGUAUCGUUGCCUCCACAAUCCAGUUUGUACAACCUACAUUGCUAAAAUCAAACUUAAAUAAGCAGUUUCGAGAGCGCUUUGAUGGAUGGGAACCGCCAAAGGUUCAGCGCCCCUUCAUUGGAGCCCAAAUCGUGGAUGGCGUCUAUACUCUGAAAGAAGAUGAUGGGCACGGAGCGAGCCAAAGCUUGGCCAUCGAAAGUGGAUCAAACAUUUCUUCUUCCACAGGGUCACAACGGAAACGACAGGGCUCAAUGUCUUCCAUGCCUGGGGUUGAUUCCUCGGAAAUUAUCCGAAUGCCGCCAUCGCUUACUCUUUCGAAAAUCAGAUCCUUGAAACUGCAGGCUCUUCGAGCUGCAGUCAAAGCAAGACUUGAGAUCAGUACUGUUGCCCUUGCAAUCGUAUAUUUUGAAAGACUGUGCUUGGAUUGCCGCAUAGACAAAACCAACAGAAGAUUGUCGUUUGCAGCUUGUCUCUUGCUUGCUGUGAAAAUCAACGAAUCCCAUGUGGGACUUGUCAUGACCCAUGAGGACAGGAGUGGCGCAUCAUCAUCCAAGGCUCUUGCCGCAAACCGAAUACAAUCGUUGUACCGCCCUACAAAGAAAAGCAACAACAUGUUUUCGUCGCUCUUGGAAUUCUUUACUCAAGAAUGGGAGAUAUCAUUGAAACACCUCUUUUCUGCUGAAUGGGGAGUUUUUGCUGCGUUACAAUUUCGGUUGCAUGCAAAGCCAUCCCAAGUUGCCUUCCAUUACAGGCGGCUCCUAAAGUCUUUGGGCUGGAACCCUAGACAAUACCUCGGUGGCGAGAUGUUCAGCUUUUGGCAAACGGCAUUGGCGCACGAGGAGUAUCUUCGGCAGGAGAGGCAAGUGAGAAUAGAAAUGCGUCAACAGGCGAAGGAGAAAGAAGAAUUGAUGCAGCUACAACGGGAAAUGGGGAGAUUGGAAACAAUCGACGACGCAGGUAUUGAAACAAUCAUUGAAAAGGAUGUCGAUAAGGAAACCGAAAAGGAACAGGAAAAAGAGACGCCUCAGCUCGCAACGCCAAAUUCUCUUCCAUCAAAAAGACAAUCAAAUUCCCUCGAACCAAAGAAGCAAAUACGUCGAGGAUUGUCUCUCCUGAAUCGUUUUGGCCCUGGCACUAAACCCACUAAACGAUCAUUGAGCACAGAUCGGGUUUCACAAAGCGAUGAGUUGGGGCUUGAAAAUGACAAUCUCACUACCCGCAAGCUGCCGCUAUCUACAUCAGUCCCAAUGCUAUCUAGCUUGUUGCCGGGAGAUGGACGUGCUGAUGAUGUGGAUACCACAUCUGCUGCUGUGGCCAAGCGCUACUCCAAUACCGACAAUACUGCAAAAUCCUUGGAGCCGGACCACUUGGGACGUGGUGAUUUCUGCAAGGCAUCCAUUCAUCAGCUGUUCCAACAAACCUUUGCUGAUUCGGCAAAUGAGCAAGAAGGUCAAAUCGUUGGGCAGCUAUCAUGGGAUUUGAUGUAUCAAACGCUUAGUGAGGAUCUCUUUGUCUUUGUGGUCACUACAGAUGAUUCUACAAGGGUGGCUGGAUGCUUCAUAUUUAGCCGAUUGGCAUUGUCAGAACAGACUAACAUCAUUUCCUUUCUGCUGUCUCCUAUGGCAGUUCAAACAACCCAUCAAAAGCGAGGGAUCAGACAAGACUUGCUUCGAUUUGCAAUGGACGCAUUGAAGAAACGAGAACCAAACAUCGACUUGCUGGCUACCUAUGGGGACCCAAAUUACUAUUCCAAUGUCGAAUUUCAACUGGUUACAACUGCUGUCAUUCCAGCUCCCCUACCACUUUCCGUGCCUAAAGGCUGGCUGGUGGCUGGCACUGCCUUUGCACCAAAAGGGUAUUUUAUCGAUACUGGGACCAAGUUGUUUUGUAGAGCAGCAUUGAACAAGAAAGAGCUGUGGUCAAGACGACAUCCAACAUAA